UAGAGAUUUGUUAAUGUCCCCCUUACCUGAGUUCUACCUGUAUGACUAAACUGAUGACCAAGGACGAUAUAAGAAUAAUUGACUUAAAAACUGCAUGUUCAUCCCAAUGGUCUAAGGCACUUGCGUGAAAAAACAGUCACGUCAUGAAUCUGGUUUAGUAAAAAUACCAGAUUGUUUUAAUUUCUACACAGCUUGCAGACGGCCCUUCGAUGAUGAAGCUAAAUAACCCGUGAACCGAAUAACCCGGAAAUGGGGAAGUUUAGAUAAAGUGGACCGUGCAAUUGCACGUAGCCUCCAGCUGUAUAAAAGAGAAACCAAAACGGGCAAGUUGUAACAGAAGUUAAAGAAGUAUGAGAAACGUACAGUUAUCGCCGCGGUUUGCCACCGCAGCACUGGCAGCAGCAGUCUGUGCAGUUUGGGUAUUAGAAGUGUCGCAUGCAGAAACGAUAGAUGAAAUAAUCAACGGCGCUGCAAGGGAAAGCAGAUCUUUAGAGCUCUUUCAAGAUGACAGCGUCGUUCUCCGCGAACUAGACAUUUUAGAGCUUAAAGAGGACUAUCUCGCUCUCGCAAGAGCCAGGGAAGAGGAGUUUGGCCCCCCAGAUAAGGAUGGUAAUUAUGGGGAGGAACGUAGGCGAAAGAAGAGGAAAGGAAUACGAGAUUUAAGACGGCGAUGGACAAAUAAUAUUGUCCCGUACACCAUCUCGUCGGUGAUGACUGCCUCAGAUCGCAGGGUCAUACAGCAGGCCUUCAACGAAUGGAACACCUACACUUGUAUCCAAUUCCGACCGAGAAGAAACGAAAGAAAUUACGUCCACCUGCAAAAUGGAGGAGGGUGUUCGUCUUUCGUUGGGAUGUUAGGUCGAGGCCGUCAGCCAGUUAGCUUGGCUCGAGGAUGCAGAUCGAAAGGAAUCGUCAUCCACGAAUUAGGUCACGCGAUAGGCUUCAACCACGAGCAGACGAGAUACGACAGGGAUAACUACGUCACCAUCGUCAGGCGAAACAUUCCGGGACAUCUUUAUUAUAAUUUUGAGAGAUAUCCACAGUCUGUUACCAACACACACGGCGUUCCGUAUGACUACGACAGCGUCAUGCACUAUGGUCAAUAUGCCUUUUCUACCAACGGGCGUCCCACCAUUAUUACCAAGGAUCGAUCAAAGCAGAAUACGAUUGGAAACAGAUUUGGACACAGUUUCGGUGAUGUCAAAUUAGCCAACGCCAUGUACAGUUGCGAUAGUCGCUGCACCAACAAACCCAGAUGCCCCUCCCCGGGCUUCGUGGACAAGAGUUGCCGUUGUAUGUGUCCAGGAACUAGAAGGGGCAUCCCCGUGCAACCCUGCAGUACCGGAGGGGGCACUGGGGGCGGGACUGGAGGUGGUACUGGGGGUGGUACCGGGGGUGGUACCGGAGGUGGAACCGGAGGCGGGACUGGAGGCGGUACCGGGGGAGGUACCGGGGGCGGAACUGGAGGCGGAACCGGGGGUGGAAACAACAACUGUCGAGAUUACAACAGCAACUGCGCAGGUUGGGCGAGAAGAGGCGAGUGCCAGCGUAACCCCAGAUAUAUGCAGCUGAACUGUAGACAGUCUUGUCGAUUGUGCAGUGGCGGAGGAGGCAGUACCAGUUGUAUGGACUACAACAAUUAUUGCGCUACGUGGGCAGCGCGCGGCGAGUGCACCCGUAACCCUCGGUAUAUGACUCCCUAUUGUCCCAAGUCGUGCAAUAAAUGCGCCUCGAGAACUCCGUCAGCUCCAUGCGUUGACAGGAACGUUUUCUGCGCUUCAUGGUCGAGGAGAGGGGAAUGUACCAAGAAUCCGAGGUACAUGCUUGUAAGCUGCCGACGUUCAUGUAAACAGUGCUAUUCCCUGAACAAAGUCAAUGACAGAGCCAAGGUCGGGAAGACCAUUAUCCUGGUAAGCCACGCGGACCUUCAUGAUGUAUCCAGUGCCAUAUUUACUCUUCAGAUGUUGAGGACUGCCCAGGCACUUAAACUGACCAUUGACCAUGAUGGCCAAACGAGUACACAGAGUGUCGCACUCCGCCAUACUACCAGUCUCCUUGUCACAGGAUCCAUUCCAGUGGUUGGCUCAUCCAUGAAGACAAUGUCCGGCUCUCCGAGCAGUGCCACUGCUGUGGACAGCUUCCUCUUGGUGCCGCNAGGUGGUACUGGGGGUGGUACCGGGGGCGGUACCGGGGGUGGAACCGGAGGCGGGACUGGAGGCGGUACUGGGGGAGGUACCGGGGGUGGAACUGGAGGCGGAACCGGGGGUGGAAACAACAACUGUCGAGAUUACAACAGCAACUGCGCAGGUUGGGCGAGAAGAGGCGAGUGCCAGCGUAACCCCAGAUAUAUGCAGCUGAACUGUAGACAGUCUUGUCGAUUGUGCAGUGGCGGAGGAGGCAGUACCAGUUGUAUGGACUACAACAAUUAUUGCGCUACGUGGGCAGCGCGCGGCGAGUGCACCCGUAACCCUCGGUAUAUGACUCCUUAUUGUCCGAAGUCGUGCAAUAAAUGCGCCUCGAGAACUCCGUCAGCUCCAUGCGUUGACAGGAACGUUUUCUGCGAUUCAUGGUCGAAGAGAGGGGAAUGUACCAAGAAUCCGAGGUACAUGCUUGUAAGCUGCCGACGUUCAUGCAAACAGUGCUAGUAAUUGACGAGUUCACCAGAUUAGCAUUUUUUUUUUCAUUUUGCCACAGAAAAGAAUUUGAUUUCGUACGGCAAAGCUUAGUUUGAGGCUAACUUGCCAUCUACAAUAUCUCAGGUCAGAAAGGCAGAUACGUAUUUUAAUUUUUUCUGUUAGAUAUUCUAGUUCUGGACAAGGUCACUGUUCCACGCUUAAGACAAUUCAUAAAGGCCAAAGAAAAACGUAAUUGUAACUUCAGAAUAAGAGAUGUGCCAAAACGCCACUCAAAAUAUAGCAUUAUAGGGUUCAUUAUUUUUAUAGUACUUUUAGAUAUAAUACACCAGAAGAGAAAAAAUGUGUAUUUUUUCAUCAAAACGCCAUUUCCUACAACUCACCUUGUAAUUUCACCAGUCUGAACUAAGCUUCUACCUGUCCCGGACAGUCGGACAGUUCUUAGUGCCCAGCCCUGAGGUGUGACAUUUUCUUUUAAUUAUCGAUAAAAAAACAUUUGCACUUGCAGUAAAGCGUCAAGAUGGGUUGAAAUUAAACAUAUCCGAGUACCAACCAGAUUCUGUCAUCACGUCUGUUUAGAUAAUGAGGUAUUUCUAUAAUUGGGACAGGAGAUUUCCAGUUAUGCUGGAAACUAUGAGCGUCUAAUCCAAUCUGAUCAAUAAAAUGUAAUUUUGAAUCUA